AUGCAGGAUUCCUUCGCGCAAAAGAAGCAGGCUAUACUCAAUGACAUUUCAACAAAUGGUCCUGACAACUUGGAUGCGUCUCCAAAGGGUACCAUAGAUGAGCAUUGUAUAGCUAUCAUCAAUUUGAUCAAUUCGCAUCGAGAUAUGGUGACGACUUCCUCGUGUUCUGGACGAGUAUCUGUUUACUUGGAGGGUAUUCAGAACAAGCUUGUACUGAAGGGUAAUGAAGGUAGAUGGAUAUUUGUAACUCAUGACACCAUGAACCUUGAAGACUGGUACAAGACAAUAGAUUUCCAAUAUGUGCAAGAAUAUCCGUCAUCGUCAUAUGAAACCAGGUCCAUAUUAUAUAAAUUCGAAGCGCUUAUAUUGCACGUCAAAUGCCGAAAUCAAUCCAUGGCCAAUAAACUAUAUUCCGUUGCCAUGAAUUGUGGGUUCAGAGAAAGUGGCAUAGGAAGUAACUACAAUGUGGCAAUUAGGACAUCAAUAAAAUUGGAUGUACCCAUUGGUUACUUAGGUGAUGACAACACUUAUCGAUGCUUUGUCACUGAAAACUACUUGAAAUACAUCACCAACGUGUCAUUUGAUAGGUUUAAGGAAAACUUUAAAAAGUUGGAGCAGUUGUACCAAGCCAUAGAAAAAUAUAUCAUCAACUUGAGCGAGCCAUCUAAAGACAGUAACGAUGAUUUUGAUGAGUCAAAGUGCAAGAGCUUCAAAAGUAAAGGUUGGGAAAGUAUAGAAGAAAGAAGGGCCAGGAUGAGAGAAGAAGGGUUGCGAAAAAAGGAAGAAUUGAAGAAAGCUAAAGAUGCUGCUGAAUCAACAUAG